GAAGAGAUGAACCCCAAAAUUUCAGAUUUUGGUAUGGCGAGAAUUUUUGGAGGAAACCAAAUUCAAGCAAAUACAGCCAAAUGGUUAUAUGUCACCAGAGUAUGCCAUGAAAGGGAUUUUCUCAAUAAAGUCGGACGUAUUUAGUUUUGGAGUAUUAUUAUUGGAGAUCAUUAGUGGCAAGAAGAACAAUGUAUAUUUUCAUGAAGAUCCAUCGAUUAGUACUUUAAUAGAACAUGUAUGGGACUUGUGGAAAAAAUGUCGAGCAUUGGAGAUAGUUGAUUCAUCAAUGGCUGACUCUUACCCUGCUCAUGAAGUUUCGAGGUGUAUCCAAAUUGGGUUGUUGUGUGUGCAAGAAAUUGCAUCAGAUAGGCCAACCAUGUCAAGUGUUGUUUUCAUGCUCGAGAAUGAAACAAAGAUCCCUACACCUAACCAACCUGCUCUUAUUAUGAAGAGAACUCUCAAGGGUCUAGAAUCAUCUACCUCGGAGACGGGAUCAUGCUCUAUAAAUCAAAUGACAAUGACUGUGUUAGAUCCUCGAUAAAGA